UCAGACCCUAUGCUGGUGCAGUGGGUCCUGGGUUCCUCCUGGUGUAGGGUGUCCUUGGUUCCUCCUGGUGCAGUGGGCCCUGGGUUUCUCCUAGUGCAGUGGGUCCUGGGUUCCUCCGUGUGCAAUGGGUCCUGGGUUUACCCUGGUGCAGUGGGUCCUGGGUUCCUCCUGGUGCAGUGGGUCCCGGGUUCCUCCUGGUGCGGUGGGUCCGGGUUCCUCCUGGUGCGGUGGGUCCGGGUUCCUCCUGGUGCGGUGGUUCCUGGGUUCCUCCUGGUGCAGUGGGUCCUGGGUUCCUCCUGGUGC